AUGGAUGAACUUGCAGUUCCUCCAUAUUUUAUUUGCCCAAUUUCCUUACAGAUCAUGAAAGAUCCUGUUACUGCCACCACUGGUAUUACUUAUGAUCGUGAGAGUAUUGAGAAUUGGUUUAUGACGUCUAAAGAUGCAAUCUUUUGCCCUCUAACCAAGCAGCCAUUGACGAAAGCUUCCGACUUGACGCCAAACCACACGCUCCACCGCUUGAUCAAGUGUUGGCUAGUUGAGAACGCUACCCCGGGUAGCGGGUUCGAUGGAAUUCUAAGUCCUAGACCACUUUUAGACAAAACCCAUCUCCGAAAACUCUUGCGGGAUCUCGCCGCCUCCGAUGAUGGGCUUCGUCACGACGCCGUGAGGAAGCUUUAUGCUUUGGCUAUUGAGGGCGACACGGCGUGUCGAGGUCGUAUGGUGGAAGUCGGUGUCGCAAAAGGGAUGGUUUUGUUUGUUAUGAGAUGUUUUAAGGAAGGGAAAGUUGGUGGGCUUGAGGAAGGUUUGAAGAUUCUUAGUGUUCUUGAGAGUUAUUCAAUUUGUGAAACUAGGGUUCUUGAUGUUAUUGAUUCUUUGAAUUGGGUUUUGGGAUUGGAGAUGGAAAAUCACAUAAUUAUCAAAAGCUAUGCCAUUGAAGUAUUGAAGAAAGCAAUUGAUGUAGCUCCCUCCACCGUUAUCAGCGGCUACGAACCACUGUGUCGGGGAUUCGAAUCUCUCCAGUUCUUCAAAAACGUCACGAAUUUCUUGAGACAAAAGAUCUCAAAUUCAGCUCUCAAAACAACACUCACAAUUCUAACAAAGUUAUGUCAUUGGGGAAGAAAUCGAAUCAAGCUCGUUGAAGUUGGGGCGAUUUUCGAUUUGAUCGCACUCGAGCUCGAGAAGCCAGAAAAGAAUAUAACCGAGCUCAUCUUCAACCUCUUGGCUCAUCUAUGCACCACGGCGGACGGGAGAGCAGAGCUCGUCCGUCAUGCCGGAGGCAUCGCGGUGGUUUCGAAGAGAAUACUUAGGGUAUCUAUUGCAACGACCGACCGUGCAAUCCAAAUUCUGUCGUUGAUAUCGAAACACUCGGCGAGGAAGGAUGUUCUUGUGGAGAUGUUGAGGGUUGGGGCAGUGUCAAAGCUUUGCAUGGUGAUGCAAUCUGAUUGUGAGGGAUACUUGAAGGAGAAGGCUAGAGAGAUAUUGAGGAUGCAUUCAAAUGUGUGGAGUAAUUCUCCAUGUAUUGGGGUUUAUUUGAUGACUAGAGACCCUAGAUGAUAGCUUUAAAACUAUGAGUAUUCUAAGUAUAAUCUUGUAAUGUUCUUCAAACUUUCCAACUUUUUAUGAACAACUGUGAGAUUUGGGCAGUUGGGUAU